AAUUAAACAUCGCUGCGGAGCAACAGGAGUAUUAACUUUUCGUGAAAAUGAAAUUUUUAUUCAAAAACACGUUUAUCGCGUUCUUUAUAUUUUAUCUGUGGCUUAUUAAACAAACUAAAGCAAAUAUUGAAAAAGAAGUUUUUACUUCUAACGUUGUAAAGAUUUCUGAAAAUUUUUACGCAGAAAUUUUAGAAUGGAGUGAACAAGAAGGUUUAGUGACUCUAACGCCUCCGUAUACUAUCCAACGUUAUGAACGAAUAGUACCUUUCAUUAAUGCUGACGAAAUUACCCAAAAUAAGACAGGACAAAAAGAAAAAUGGUAUAUUCUUGAUGGUUUAGAAGAAGGAAAUACAUAUGAAACAAGAGUAUCUUAUGCAGCGACGUCGCCAACAACGUUCGUGUUGGAAAUAAUGGGUUUCGAGGAAGCAUUAAAUAUUUUUAAAAAGAGACAAAAUUUGGAAAUUACUCAGUCGAAUUCUCAACAAAUUAUUACUACAAAAAAAUUGCUCCGCGUGAGCGCUAAAUACGAAGGAGUGUCCAAUAUUCCAGGAAGAGAAUUUCGUCCAAUAAUAUAUAAUAUCGUACUGGAAACUUUAACUUAUGGAGUUCCGCGCGUUGCGUUCAAAUUAAUUCUAAUGUUGGCGUUAAUUUUAGGAAUUGGUUAUUUUAUAUGUGUUCCAAUGUUUUAUUCAUCUUUGCAAAAAUUAAUAGAAGUCGCACAAAUAAAUAGAGGGGAAUUAAACCGAGAAAAACGUGAAUAGAAAUAAUGCGAUUCGCGUAAAUUAUUUAAAAAUAGCACAUGAUGAUCGACGGACUAUAUUGUAGAUCUACAGAUAUAAUUCCAUAAUUUCGAUGUUUUACUACUUUACUACUUUAAUACUUUAAGGAAAUGUUUUUGUUGUUAUUAUUUAUUAUUUAUUAUA